UCUCAGCUGCAACCAAAGCGAAAAAUACCUUUAACUCAACAUGUUCGCCAAAGUGAUCUUCUUCGCCGUUCUGGCCAUCGCCUGUGUUUCCGCCAAGCCACAUUUGCUGGCCUACUCGGCGGCACCGUACGUAGCCGCCCCUGCGUUGGCCGCCUACACUGCACCAGCCAUCGCCGCCGCUUACACUGCCAGUCCGUAUGCUGCCUACGCCGGUUAUCCGUACGCGGCCGCCUACUCGUACCCCGGACUGCCGCUCGUGAUUUAGAAUAUCGGCCACGGUUGGUUAUUGAUCUCGUUGUAAUUUUCCGGUUCUGUUUCUUCUCCUCAUCUUGUGCAAAAGAAAUCAAUACGCUUUUUAUUGAGUUUUCAUGUGAAAUUAAACCCCACGGCCGAAGAAUGAUCAGGCUGAACAAAAAAAUAAAUCCACAUAAAUCGCAACAUAAAA